UGGUAACCCCCACCUCGGAACCGUUCGGGUGGUAGUACGAGAAGGACAUUCAAGGAAUUGACGUAUGCUGUGUACACAACCCGUAGGAUAUUGCGGUGGGGGCCUAAACCGGCAGAUCGACGGUGUUUUGGACUGUUUGUGGAGGCGUAGAGAGCAAGGCUGGAGCGCAUCGAGGCAUGAGCGAGUGCCGUUUUUUCUCCUCUGCCCCCGUGCCUGACGACACUCUGUAGGUACCUACACGAACUCUGCUCUGCAACUGUAGGCGAAACAACGUACCAACCUAUGGGCUUUUCACUACCUACUUAGAAUAGGGUUGAGCACAAACUACUACCCAGAGGAUUUCCAGUCAUCAACGAGAUAGGAUGGGCUCAAUUGCAGUUCACGAGGCACCACGACACCCGGUGACGUCCAUCGCCGAGAUGGACGACGACACUAUUGUCGAGAUCGCCGACGCGUGCAACAUCCCAACGGGCAUCAUCGAGGACCUAUACACUUGUUUGCCACUCCAGCAGAGCAUGAUAGCUGAGAACCGGGCUGAAGUCUUUCACUUCAUUAUCUCCUUCGGGCCGACGGCGGACAUCGACCGGUUUUGCGAGUGCCUGCGGAAGGUCGUUGCGACGAAUUCCAUCUUACGCACCAGACUCGUGCGCUCUGCAAGCCUGGGCGGCAUCGUGCAGGUUGUCACGAGUGAGGAACAUGUUACAGAGCAUCAUCCUGGUGUUGAUGGCGAGGAUGUGGAGCGCUACCUACAGCAAGAUCCCCAUCGGAUGGGUCUUUGCAUGCCCCUUUUCCGCACUGCCUUUAUCGGAAGGUUCUUGGUGCUCACGCAACACCAUGCCGUGUUUGACUAUUGGUCAUGGGACGCCAUGAUGAACGUGGAUAUCGCGGGUGCAUACCUGCAAAGUCCAAAGUCUCGGAUCAAGGUCAGCCCACGACCACCAUUCAAGGACUUUGUUUCGCGGUGUCUCAAUGUCGAUGAGACGGAAGCCAGAGGCUUUUGGGCGUCACGGUUCAAGGGGUCUCCGGCCAUCUUCCUCAAGCCCGAAUCACCACGCACCUCCCCGCGAGUUGUCUCGAAACCGACUCGAAAAUUCCAUGUGGAGCGCAUCAAGACGGGUGUACUCCCACCCACGCACGCUCCCCACUUCCUAGAGGCGGCAUGGGCUUUGACAGCUUCCAUCUACACCGAUAGCGAAAGCGUGGCCUACGGCUACGUCCUGUCGGGCCGCACUCCCACUCCGGACGGCCUCGAGAACACGCUGGGUCCAACGGUCACCGAAAUACCCAUGCAGACCAAUCUGCAGCGGAGAACGAUGACGGUCGACAAGCUCAUCAAGGACCGGGCCGCAUCAAUCCGCCAACUUCACCAAAACCCACACUUGAUGCACUACCCUCUGGAGAAGAUUGCCGCCCUGAGCGGAGCUGCAAAGAGCGCAUGCGCAUUCUCAGCACUAUUCAACGUCCGCCCGGCGGUAUUUGCCAACGCAGCCGAGGAGGGUGAAAUCAAAAUGGAGAGAAUGGUGUGGCUCAACGGCCUCUUCCCACUGCAGCUCAUCUUCAGCAUUACGGGGGAGGGCAUCGAGGUGUGGCCGCGAGUGGACGCCACUGUGGUCGAUGACCGCCAACUCGAUCGCCUCCUAAAUCAGUUCAGCCACACAUUCCGCCUGUUGACAGAAGCGUCCCCUCAGACAAAGCUGGACAACUUGCCUUUGCUCGAUCCACAGGGGCGCGAAGAGGUCUUUCAGCUGAACAAGACCAUCCCUGAGCCCGUGCAGGCCACCCUCUAUGAACUCUUCACGGCCCAGGCGAGAGCACAGCCGAAGGCAAUGGCAGUGACCACUGCGGGCGAUGGGAAUCUGACCUAUGCCCAACUGGAUUGGCUCUCUUCGCGGCUCGGCUGCGUAUUGCAGUUGAAGGGUGUGGGGACCGCCAGCCGGGUCGGUUUGCUCAUCGACAGAUCGCCAUGGGCCAUUGUAGCCAUUCUUGCCGUGCUCAAAGUUGGCGGCGUGUGCGUUCCCAUCGACAACAGAAAUUCGGGGGAGAGAAAUAUGGAUCUGCUCUUGGAAACGGGGGCCAGGCUCAUUUUGACCUUAUCGGCCCAAUAUGCCCGUGCCAUUGUUGGCCGUGGGAUUGAAAUUUUCGUGAUGACCCCUGAAUCCAUCACCGAGAUACCUCCAUCGCUGGAGCAGCGGCAAGUUGUCACAAACACCAGCCAACCGGAGGACCCGGCGUACGUUUUCCACGCCAGCUAUAACAACACCCCUGGAACUCGGAAAGCCGUCUUGCUUGAGCACCGCUCCUUGGCUUCAGCGUUGACGUGCCAUGCGCAACGGUUUCGUUGGGGACCGGCCACCCGGAUGCUUCAGUUCUGGUCUUUGGCGUCGGAGAACAGCGCGCUUGAAGUGUUCGGUGCGCUCCUCUCGGGCGGAUGUCUCUGCAUUCCUCCCCUCGCCCUUGAAAACAGCGGCGAGUCUACAGGCUCGUGGCUUUCGCGUUUCAUCAAGUCCGCCAAAGUUGACUUCGCAAUGCUGCCUCCGAGCGUGAUUCGGGAACUCUCCCCGGCCAGUGUUCCGACUCUGCGCUCGCUGGUCUCGGUCGGUGAGCCGCUACAACAAGCCGACACGGAGACGUACAAGACUUGGGCAAGGAGCUUCCAGCUCUUUAACCGGUGGGGUGCAACAGCGGCACCGACGCUGAGCAUCGUCUCGAAAAUAUCCCCGGAUGUGCAUCAUGGCUUCUCCUCCAACAACGUCGGGAUGCCGGUCGGUUGCGCGGCUUGGAUCGUAAAUCCUAGCAACGUCAACGACCUAGCCCCCUUCGGCGGGGUGGGCGAGCUCGUGAUCGAAGGUCCUGGUACGGCCUCAGCCUCCUUUGGGAACGGUUCCAUCCUUCCCCGACCUCAGUGGGCACUCGAUCUCAAGCGCGGCCAGGCAACGCGCUUCUUCCGUACCGGCGACUUGUCCAAGUACAACAGCGAUGGCAGCAUCUCCUUUGUUGGUCGCAUCAGCAAUCGUGUCAAGUUAAGCGGCUGCCAGAUGGUGCAGCUGGAGGACCUAGAGCGCACCAUCGUUGGGUGCAGCCAAGUACGGGAGUGUGUGACCGCGGCGAAGAUCAUUGCCGGCCGCACCCAGAUUGUUGCCCUGGUGUGCCUGGCAGACCCCCGCCUCCCGAGGGGGGUUUCACUGCAGCGGUUGAUUGGACCCGACGCAGAUAUUGCCGCCCGGGGGAUUGACGUUGUGCAUGCCUAUACACAAUCCCGGCUGCCGGCUGACAGGGUGCCCGCCAGCUGGAUCGCUGUAGAGAGGCUGCCCAGAACUCUGUCGCACAAGAUUGAUCGGGUUGCGGUGAAGGAGUGGUUGAAGACGUUGAAGAGAUGAAGGGGGUAAAGUAGGUAGGUACCUAUCAGCUCACUACAUGUAGCUUUUCCUAUGUAUGCACCAAGGUUUCAACACCCAUAUGACUCGUGAUGUACACUGCGCUCAGGAAGAAAACGA